AUGUUUGACGCUAGGAAGGCAAACGACGAGUUACUUUGUUCGGUAAACCAGGCAGACACCCGUUCUAAGCCGUCUAGCCAAGACCCGGAACCCGCCGGACGGUUUAAUGAAUAUCCGGUCGUACAGUUCAACGGAGCAGACGAGACUGAGACGAACCCAACGGCAAACAGCCAAGUUAACCAGCCCCCUACCACCAAGCCCUCAGCGAAUGUUGUCGACGAAUCCUGCCUCAGGGGCAAAGAUAAGGCACAUCAAAUCGGGCCCAAUUCGUCUAAUCAAGCAGAAGACAGCGACUACGACGACCGAGAAGUACGUGAGAUAGCCAACCUGCUCCGACAUCGCAUGUCUGGCGACCAAAGUGGCACUGUUGAAUUGCUAGUGCACUGGGUUGGCGAGAGCGAAGGAGAUGUCACAUGGGAGGCGGAAGAAGAAAUCCAGCGGGGAGCGGGAGAGAUGUUAUACACGUAUUGGGAGACCCAGGGUGGACGCCAAAGUGUGCUCUUCUACAAGCCUGAAAAUCCGCCGGCCGAGAUGUACCACGUCUUCAACGUUCUGGGCCACAAGAUGCGCCGCGGGGGCUUCCAAUUCGAAGUUCAAUGGGUUGGCCACUCGAGCGAACCCCACGAAACCACAAUGGAGUCCGAAAGCAAACUUCAGAAAAUCGCGCCCGAAUUGUUGGAUAAAUAUUGGAGGAGGACAGGUGGUCGGGCGAGUCAUCUUGCGGCGCAUAGCAGGGCAGAAAGACUCUGA